AUGACACAGUUCAUAUCUUCGCUAGUCAUCUACUUUGUUGGCGAUCUGGUUGCGCAGAGCAUUGCAGAGCCCGCACCAAAGGAGGCUGCGGCCGAAGAGGGAGAAGAGAAGGGCUGGGUACAAGAAUGGAGCGACAACCGCGACUGGCAUCGCACAGGUCGGUCGCUGAUAAUCGGAGGACUAAGCUCGAUUCCUGCGUACAGGUGGUUCUUAUGGCUGGGCAACAACUUCAACUAUGGUUCCAAGAUAUUGUCCCUGACAACCAAGGUCGCUGUGAACCAAGCCUUCUUCACGCCCGUCUUCAACUCGUACUUUUUCGGCAUGCAAUGUCUCCUCUCCGGCGCAUCCACUUCCGAGAUCAUCGAACGCAUCAAGAACACCGUGCCCACUAGCUGGAUCAAUUCCUGCAAGGUCUGGCCCGCGAUCACGGCCUUUAGUUUCGCAUACAUACCCAUACAGUACAGGAGCAUUUUCGGUGGCGUCAUUGCUAUUGGAUGGCAAACGUAUCUGAGUCUGCUCAACCAGCGAGCUGCAGCCGAGGAAGGGGCAGAGCAAGGAGCAGAGCAGGCUGUUGUAACAAAGGCAAUCGUAGAACGCCGUAGUGAGGAGCGUGAGCACAGGCAUGAGAAGCAGAAGUGUGCUGCUUGA